CAGCACACGAUCGCACAUGACGAAGAACAAAAAAAAUAAAAAAAUAAAGUGAAAAUCCAAAUAUAAAGAGACCACCACACUUCAUCUUUACCCCUUCUCUCGCGGAAUUUUUGUAGCAAAACGAAUCCAAUCGGCUUCCGAAGAUUAUUAGAUUUUGCUUUUCUGUUUCUGUAAAUGCAAAAUCAAAUCCAUUAAUCGAACUUGCUACUAGCUUUUCGCCAUUAUCAAGUAAUUUCUGUAAGAUUAUCGACUAUAUCAUGACGGAAUAUGCGAAGGUAGAACUGGAAAAACUUAAGUUCCAAAGCUAGGGCAGAGUUGAACGAUUUGAAUCUGGAUUUUCUAAGAAAAUGUCGGCCGAUAAAGGUGAUCAUCACACGAUCCCGUUAUCUUUGCUGUUGAAGCGUGAAUUAGCAAGUGAGAAGACUGAAAGACCGGAGAUUUCUACUGGUGAAGCUAAUCAGUCCAAGAAAGGGGAGGACUUCACGCUACUCAAAAGUGAAUGCCAACGGGUUUUAGGAGAUGGUGUCGCCACCUAUUCUGUUUUUGGGAUAUUUGAUGGGCAUAAUGGGUCUGCAGCAGCUAUAUAUACCAAGGAGAACCUAUUAAACAAUGUCUUGAAAGCUAUUCCUACAGACCUUAACCGAGAUGAAUGGAUUGCAGUGUUGCCUAGGGCUUUGGUUGCAGGAUUUGUGAAAACAGAUAAAGAUUUCCAAGAACAAGUUCAAUCAUCAGGAACAACUGUGACGUUUGUGAUUGUUGAAGGAUCAGUUAUAACUGUAGCUUCUGUUGGUGAUUCACGUUGCAUACUUGAGUCUGCAGAAGGUGGCUUAUAUUAUCUAUCAGCAGAUCACAGACUUGAAUGCAGUGAAGAAGAGAGAGAGCGUGUCACUGCUAGUGGUGGUGAAGUUGGUCGGCUGAAUGCUGGUGGUGGUGCACAGAUUGGUCCUUUGAGAUGUUGGCCUGGUGGGUUGUGUUUGUCAAGAUCAAUUGGAGAUCUGGAUGUUGGGGAAUUCAUUGUUCCUGUUCCUUAUGUUAAACAAGUGAAGCUAUCCUCAGCUGGUGGAAGGAUGAUUAUUGCCAGUGAUGGUGUCUGGGAUGCCAUGUCAGCAGAAGCAGCUCUAGUAUGCUGUCGUGGACUGCCGCCAGAUACAGCCGCCGCCCAAAUUGUAAAAGAAGCUGUACAGUUUAAAGGAUUACGCGAUGAUACAACUUGCAUUGUUGUAGACAUUCUACCUCCAGAAAAGACUCACCCUCAUGUCCCACAUGCAAAGAGAACUGGUAAAAGGGUAUUAAAGUCAAUGUUUAGGAGAAAAAGUUCAGGGUCACCUCCUCAAGUUGAUGUAGGCUUACUUCAGGCAGAUGUGUUGGAGGAGAUGUUAGAGGAAGGCUCUGCUUUUCUUUCAGAAAGGUUGGAUACGAAAUAUCCGCUUUGUAACCUGUUCAAGUUGUUCAGUUGUGCUGUGUGUCAGAAACAGAUGAAACCUGGGGAGGGUAUUUCUGUCCAUUCAGGGACAUCUAAUUUCAAUAAAUCAAGGCCUUGGGAUGGUCCUUUCCUUUGCUUAAGCUGCCAUGAAAAGAGAGAGGCAAUGGAAGGGAAAUGAAAAUGACCAUAAAGGGUACUACACUACCAACCAAAUACUCAAAUACUUCCCUUUUCUUUCAAUCUUCAACAUAAGUUUCUACCUUCUAAAACAUCUUCCAUAAUUCUUUCCUAAUUUUUUCUUCCUCAAUCCAUCUGUUGUCAGAAUCAUCGAUUAAAUUCCAGAAAUAGCAAUGUACUUUUAUCGGUUUUUUCUUUUGUAGCAUCUCACUUUGAUUAAUAAAGGAAUUUUCAAAAUAUAAUGACUUAAUAACGGAAAAAAAAACAAAAGUGAGAAAAUGAGAAUAGAAAGUAUGUUGCUAUUUCUUGUAUGUAGUCGAUGAAUCUUUCUCUAACUCCAUGUUCAUAUAACAAGGAAGCCCACCUACUUUGUCUUGGUGAACAUAAAGAUCCAAUGAAUAGAAUUGGACAUUAUUUGUUUGUAAUACGAGUCUUCAUUUCACAGUUCUAAAGAAAAAGUUUUGUACAAUUAUUGUAACAUUAUUUGCUUCUUUUGUUGUGUACAUUAGUGAUAUACCCAUUUGCUAUAAUAUUAUAUAAUUCUUUUUUCA